ACAAGCAAGCAACCAUUAUGAGUAUCAUCUCCAUUUUAAAUAUAUUUUUGUUUUGGUUUGUGUAUUUAAUAAUUAUGCAUAACGACUUUUUGUGUAAUGAUUUUGACAAUAAAUCUUUGGUGUAAUUAUAAACGAUCAUUUAAGGAUUUUCUUGCAUUCAAGGCAGCUUUCAUGUUUACAUAGCAGACAGCUUUAAUGCAUGUGCGCAUAAGUAGUUUCCCAGCAGCCAGCGAGCGCGAGCGUGAGCCAGCGAAAGAUUUAUGUAAAAGUAAACAUUAAAUUUGAGAUUAUUGUCAGUUAGUUGAUUAGACCGCAUCAAAUUUUAAGUGCACAGCAGGAAUUCGUUUUUGUCAUUAUUCUUGUAUUAAUCAUUUACCUUGCCUUUGCCACACAAUGAAGUUGCAACUAAAUUGCCUGUUAGCAGCGCUCCUCGCCGUGUCACAACUGUCGAGCGGAUAUGCCAGAAGAUUGCCACGCAAAGAGGAUAACCAAAAGAGCAACGCCACUGUACGGAAACCCGAGAGACUGCAAGAACAGCGUGCCAGCAGCAUUGGCCAGCUGGCGAGCUCCACCGAGCUACAAUCAGCAUCGAGUGCACGAGUUGAGACAGCCCAAAACGCAACCACCACCACCAUGGGUACGCUGGUCAACUCCACCGCACUGGCGUCCAGCAAUAGUUCACAAGGUCCAACAGCAGCAGCAGCAACAACCGUUACGCAGCGCAUCUUUCGCCAGAAGCGAGAACUGACGGUCGGUGUGCCCUACGACUUUUUUACAUCGCACUUUUACUGCGACUUUGAUGAUCGUGGCAGACACAUGAUUAUCUGGUUUAUGCCAAAUCACUGCAUUUGGGUGUGGAACAACAAGUAUGUCCAUGAGGGUUUCUAUCGUCUCUUCAAGCUCUAUCAAAUGGAGGGAUUCCAUUUUGGCCAGGUAUACGAACACCAGACACGGCUGGAACUUAAAUGAGCUUAAAUAAAUCAAGUACAUAUUUGUAAAACGCUAACGCUGGG